AGAACACUCCGCACAGUUUCUUUCCUACAACACUGUACAGCACCGACAUCCCCUAUAGUAAGUUAUCUAUGCGCGAGCGCGCGCACACAGACCAGUGACUGUCCUCGAGUUUUUGCAGGGGUUUCUUUCAUUAUUCCCUUAGCCAUUAAAGAGUCUUUAUGCUUCCAUAGCUACCUCUUAUAACUGAGGUAUAGGCGUGGCCAAAUUGGAGCCACCAACUUAGACAUUACAACCUCCUCCUCUUGGGUAUGACUAAAUUAACCAGCUUUCCUCUCUCUCUCAACAUAUGAUGCUCAAAGCACCACCUGUGCUGAAGGUGCCGAAUUGCUGAAGCUCUACGAUACAUUAGAGGUCACACACUCUAUUCAAACUAGAAAUUGAGUUGGGCCCAUCUCUUGAAACUAUAUAUAUAUAUAUAUAUAUAUAUGAACUUUUUGGAUCAGGUGAGCUAAUCGUCUGAGAAGAGAAUUUUAGAUUUAACAUGUAUGCUCUACUGAGGUGAUCUUUAUCAUUUGAUCAAUAUUGAAGAAACUGUACUUCCUUCUAUAGAAAAGGUAGCCUACUACAUAUUGGUAUAUGAGGAAGGUCGUAUACUUAAUUGGGUUCCUAUUAAAUGCAAGAGAGAGAGAGAGAGAGAGAGAGAGAGAGAGAGAGGCAGAGAGCUUCAUUUUAGUUUAGCCCUUCAGAAUACCAUGAGGGGUGCAAUUUGUUCAGUUUAGGCGAAGUUGCGUAUGAGCUGCUCAUGAUAUGGCUUCAAUGGGAAAGGCUAACCUCAAGCAAGAAAGUCGCAACAGUACCCAGUCAAUUUCUGGCUGGAAACAUAACCACUGCGUCAUUUUCCCAGCCAAUGUGGGCAUGACCGCAAAAGCUUUAGAAAGAAGAAACAAGCAGUGGUUCGUUAAUAAUAACAUAAAGAGUGACCUGACUAUACAAGUUGGAGAAAGUAUCUUUCACUUGCACAAGCUCCCCUUGGUGGCAAGAAGUGGAUAUUUGAAUAGGUUGGUAUUUACGAACAGGGAAACAAACUCUUGCCUGAAUAUCCAACUGGAAAACCUUCCUGGUGGCUACCAGUCAUUUAAGCUAGUAGUCAAAUUCUGUUAUGGGUUGGCAGUUGACCUUACAGCCGCUAAUGUUGCUCCUCUAUACUGUGCUGCACAUUUUCUGGAAAUGAAUGAAGAAAUUGAACAAGGAAAUCUCAUUUCCAAAACUGAAUCAUUUUUGAGCUUUGUCAUAUUUGCAUCAUGGAAAGAUACAAUUCAGAUCUUGAGAAGCUGCGAGUCCCUUUCUUCAUGGGCUGACAAGUUGCAAAUUGUGAGGCGCUGUACAGAAUCUAUUGCUUGGAAGGCCUGUACAGAUGCCCAAGCGGUCAGUUGUGGUGAUGAUGAACCUCAGUGCUUAAAUGUUCUGUCUAACAACAUGAAGGAUUCGAUCAAUAAUAACAAGAGUGGUGGUGACGGUGGUCUGACAGUAGCAGAAAGUUGGUGGAUUGAAGAUGUCACACUUCUUAAAAUUGAUCAUUUCAUUAUGGUGAUUGAAGAAAUUAAGAGGAAAGGAGUGAAACCAGGUUUAGUUGGAGCAUGCAUUAGCAAUUGGGCAGCAAAAUGGAUUUCUCAAGUUGAAGUUGGAGUAUAUGACCAUCUUGAUGUGGGACGAAGGGUUAAAGUUGAAAGUUUGAUUAGAGUAUUUCCUACAGAAAAAAGUUCACUUUCUUGCAAUUUCCUACUCCACCUUCUCAAGGUGAGUUUAAUGGUAGACAUUGAUACUGCAUUGUUGUCAGAAUUAGAAAGAAGAGCAGCUGAAAUGUUGGAGAGUUGUUCUGCAGUAGAUCUCAUGGUGAAGAAUUAUGGAGGUGCUAACACUGUUUAUGACGUGGAUCUAGUAACUAGGGUGGUGGAAGCUUAUAUUGAUUUUGUAUCAAGUAAUACAACAUCGAGAAUAGAUGCCGUGGCCGGGGUGGUGGAUGACUACCUAGCAAUAGUUGCAAGGGACAGCAAUCUUUCUGUGAAGAACUUUCAAUUACUUGCAGAAGCAUUGCCAGAGGAUGCCCGAUACUGCAAUGACAAGCUCUACACGGCUAUAGAUACAUACCUUGAGGUAUGGAUUUAUUUGCAUUGUAUUAAUUCAAGAGAAGUAGGACAUGAGAGUACAUGAUAUUUUGAAAUUUGACCAACAAAAACAUAUAUGAGGAGAGGUUUUAGGGAAUACUGUGCCUUAAGGUGAUCAUCUCUCCCAUUUUUCUAUUUCAUUUGCUUUGGAUCCCUUGGUUCUUGCUAGGGCUGCACAUUGACAGGGCAUGGCCAUCUGAACUUGGCUUCAGCUCACCUAGUCUGCCAACUGAUGGGUAGGGACCCAGUUUUAUUUUCAGAUUCUGGACAGACUUGACUUAACCAGUAAUGAUGCUGGACUUACUGAUAGAAUAACAUUAACCAUAUUUAGUUAUAGUGGAAGGCAUGGGAAAAUUUAUUAUGGCCGAUGACAGGAAAAAACCAAACUACGGGGGCACCAACCCAACUACCCAGAGGCUGGAAGUGGUGUAGCCUGGUUUAUUGAUGACUAGUUGUAUUGCGAACUUACUAACGUACGGCAUUCUAUACUGACCAAGUAUAAUGGUAGAUCCUAGAGCUGAGCCAUUCUUGAACGUUACAAUCACCAGAUUUGUGGUGUAGUAGAGUCUAUUGCAGGCUGAAUUAUGCUUGUUCUGGCACAACUUUGGUUCCAAUUAAUAUAACUACUGCAGGCAGAAGUAGUAAAGCUUCACCAUCAAGUGGCUUGACCACAUUGCUAUGGGGACAUAUGAAUGAGCAGAGUCACAAGGCUUAAUGAAUUCUCAUCUGGAUAACAGGGGAAGGGGUGCACUCUUACCUAUUGUCAACACUACACCAAAUAAACAACAACUGCUUAGUGCAGUUGGUGAGCUGUGGUGUGUAUAAAACCCAUGCUCACUAGGAGGUCUCGAGUUCGAGUCUCCUAGCUGUUACCUACUUCCCUCCCUACCUAUCAAAAA